CUUCUCUGAAUGAUGUGCUUUCUGCAGCCUGAUCUAUACUGCAUUCUGCAUACACCCCCUCCUUCUAUUUUCCUUUGCUCAAAUGUCAGUGCCCUGCCAGAGUAGGGAGACUCAGUAUUGUCUUGUUUCUCCUCCUCUCUCUCUCUCACAUUCCCUGCCCUCCUAUUGCCCCCCUCCCAUGCACGUCCCUCCUUUCCCUGCAUCAGUUGGAGGUGCACUGAGCUCUGCUGCUACCUUCAGGGUAGGAGCUCAUGUCUCUCCCUUCUACAAGGAGCUGUGAUUUAAGACAGGGACUGCUUUAAGAAAAGUCAUUCUUCAACAGGUAAAGACAGUUGGAUGAAAUGGAUACCCUACAGCUUGUGCUCGUGUUCGUCUCCAUUGUGGCAUCGCCUAUUUGUCAAGCAGAUGAAAUGGAUCAGGACUAUACGUGGCACAUAAAGAAAAUACCUCACAUUGUUAGUUCCAAUAUUGUAAAUCUCAAAAAUCCCUCGUAUGAAGCAGAACUUCAGCUGGAGCUGAAUGGAACAUGUGGAAUUGAAUGCCAGAGGAACUUACCCUCACCCAGCCUAGCUGACCUUGAGGAGUACCUUUCCUAUGAGACAAUAUUUGACAAUGGCACACGCACAAUGACAAGAGUUAAUGUCCAAGAUUGGCACCCCGAAACGGAAACAGGAAACAAUAAACCAAAGCACUCACGCAGAAAGAGACAGAUAUAUGGCACUGACAGUAGGUUCAGUAUAUCUGAUAAGCAUUUCAUGACCAAUUACCCAUUUAGCACAGCAGUGAAGUUGUCUUCAGGGUGUAGUGGCAUUCUUAUUUCACCCAAGCAUGCUUUAACAGCUGCUCACUGCAUCCACGACGGCAAGGACUACAUCAAAACUGCCAAGAAGCUACGUGUUGGCCUUCUUAAGAUCAGAUCCAAGAGUGGUGGCAAACGCCGCAGGGGAUCGAAAAGGGCAAGAGAAGAUGCAUCAGAAGACUCUCCAAAGAAAGACGGUAGAAAACAAAGGCGAAAGUCAGUUCAAAAACGAUCAGCAGCAGAAGAGCAGACAAACAAACUUUCUGGGAAAGAAAGAGGGUCGGGAGCUGGGAAACCAUCAUUCCAGUGGACAAGGGUGAAGGCCAUUCAGAUCCCCAAAGGAUGGUUCAGGGAUGUGUCUCACAACAUGAGCCUUGAUUAUGACUAUGCUGUUCUAGAACUCAAGCGCCCACACAAAAAGAAAUACAUGGAGCUUGGCAUUAGCCCAGAAGCGGAAAAAAUGCCAGGAAGCAUGAUGCACUUUUCAGGUUUUGAUGAAGAUAGGCCAGGGCAGCUGGUGUACCGUUUCUGUAGUGUUUCAGAAGAGUCUAAAGACCUAUUCUAUCAGUAUUGUGAUGCAGAUCCUGGUUCCAGUGGAUCUGGCAUUUACAUCAGGCUUAAGGAAGCCAACAAAAAGAAAUGGAGGAGGAAGAUAAUUGCCAUCUAUUCAGGACAUCAGUGGGUAGAUGUUAACAACCAACAGCUGGAUUACAAUGUAGCUGUCAGAAUAACUCCCCUCAAAUAUGCUCAAAUAUGUUAUUGGAUACACGGCAACCAUGAAAACUGCAAACAAGGCUGAUCUAAUUUGGAAGGAGGUCAACCCCCCACCCCCCUCCAAUCAAUCCAAAGAGAGCGGCUUAAAAAAUAUUCUGCAACGAGGACAGCCAAUGGGAAUAUGAUGCUGAAAAAACUCAACUACUGUCAUCAUAUACAAACUGCUAGUUGGACCAGAAAUAGAUCAUAAUGGUAUAAACAGUUCUUGAAGAAAGUGUUUACAAUUCAAUAAGGUAAUUAAAGAAAACAGUUCAGGAAAUGUGAUUCCAAAGCAAUAUGGGGUUCCACGGCAACAUGUCGUUCCAGAGGAGUUCUGAAAGUAAAUUUAUCAUUUCCAACAUGGCAAUUCCACGCUAUCAACUGAAGAGCAAGUAACCAAUGUUAUAUGACAUAACUGUUUAGCUGCAAAACAUCAGUUAAGUCAUGGGUAGAGGUAAUACUGUAUUUCAAAUAAUAAUUACAAAGUAUAGCAAAUGAAAGGCUAAUAUGCUGUAUGCUUGCUCACUUCUCCCAACUUUGUAGGGCACUGCAGCUUAUGGGAUGCACUGAUUUCACUGUGCACUCUUGGGCAGGUGUACUGUUUGCCAGAGGCCUUAACAUUGUAGCCUAUAAAAGCAUUGCUAUAUUGUACAUUUCUUGUCAUUCUUUUCUUAAAAUACUUACCAUGAAGUAUCUGGCAGUGUUGGACUGGGCCUUUUAGGGGCCACCAGAGAAGCUGACAUCAAGGGCCCCCUCUCAUAAAAAUUAGAUGUUGACAAUGUAAUAGGUGUUAUACUGUAUAAACCUAGAGUAGAAAUAAGAAAGGGCUGAUGGGAAUUGUCCUUGGCUAAAGGACUCUCUUUGCUGUAAAACAUAUAUUAUAGGGAUGAAAAUAUUAGGAAGAAACAGACAUAACAAUACAUUUAUCUAGACUGAACUCCCCCACAUAAAUAAAUAAUACAUUACCAAUGCUAAAAGAGCAGAAAUAUUUUUAAGUUGCAGUUUGGAUUUCUCUGAAAGAAAAAAGAUGAUCUCAAGUAAAAGAUGGGUGAUUAUUGCAUGUUAUUCUUCUAGCUAAUAUAUUUACUUUCCUUUUUCUUUGUCACAUAGACUGUAUAAUAAAGACUGAUGUUUUUAAGCAGAACCAACCUUUUUAAUAGUGAAGAAGGACAAUGCCAAGCUAUGAGGUCUUGCAGGAUUCAGCAUGUGGCAGGUCCAUUUUUAUUCAGGAACCUUCAGCCUAGUUUUGUUUGGGCUGACACUGCUUGUAUAUCCCUGGCCCACAGGUCUUGGUAUCUCUAGUUUCAUUGCAGAGUGGGUGUCUCUCAGUGCUCAUAAAGGCAAGCUUCACUUUUGCGACAGCAUGAGAUGAAUAAGAAUAUUUAUGGGAUAACAUCACAGUGCGGAAGAGGAUCCUCAUUAAGGUUUCAGACUACGAAAAGAAUUGCUUCUACACUGUCUAACCAUGCAGAUUGGUGCUAGAUCAACCACUGGGGCGGUCCCACCAUGGGAUUAUCAUCUAAACCCCAACAUUGCCUUCCCAUAGGCACAUCAACAAAGGAAACUCAGGAAAAGACUCCCAAAUCCAGUUUAAUAUAGAGCCUAGGUGACUUUGCUCCCAGGGCGGCUAAUAGUGGCUGGACCCUUGAGUGUAGUUGUAGCUCUCCUUCCGAGUACUGUUUUGCACCACUGAAAUCUCGUCUCAGAUUAAGUUAAGUAGUAUGUUAGCCGCCUCCCCCUUAUUUAUUUUGUUCUUUUUUUACUUUUAUUUACGCUCUCAUUUCAUCUAUGGAUGCCACAAGGUUUCUUCAGGGAUCGCAAUACCUUUAAACUGCUUUAAUGACAAUUACUGAUCAGAAAGCAUUUGUUUCAGUACAAUUAGCUGUGUUACAUACACACUUAUAGCUGCCAUAUUGCUUUUUUCUAAGUGUACUUACAUAUCUAGAUCCAAAGACAAUCAGUCUUUUGACCUUCUGCAUGAAACAAAUACCUAAAAUGUGGCCGCUCUUCCAUCCAUUAUUUCACUCGUAUGAUUUCUUUUAUGAAAGGCUUUGUGUUUUAUAAUGUAAAAUGUGCGAAAAGCAGACACAUACAAUUCUAUAAUCAUUUUGUAUCUAUGAAAAGAAAUGGUUACGGUGCUAACUAGGUAUAACCAUUUCAAUGAACAGUUCCUCUUAAUUGGUUAGACGAUGUUAGAUAUCAGGAAACCUGGUCAGAAAUAAAUGGCUGAAGCCUUUGUGUAUAUGUUACAUAUGCUUGUCAAUGGCACAAAGUCCAGUGCUCACUAACUGUUAAUUAGUCAUCGGGUUGUGUUCAUUCGAUAUCUGAUUGGUAAUAAUUGGUAAUGACUUCAGAUUUAAUUUAUUGUACUGUACAGCAGCCGUUAAAUAAUAAAGAUGAGUGA